AGAAAUGCACUUGUUCUUGUGAUCUUCCUGCAUUUUGAAUCAUGAAUUUUCCUAUUCCAAAUGAUCUUAAUUUCCAGAAAUACUGUAUUGACAAAAAUGGAUCAUUUGAAAAAUUAAUUGAUAAGGCCAAGAAUGGCGAAAUCCACGCCCAAGUAGAUUUAGGAUGGGCUUACUCGGAGGGUUUUGGCGAUCUCUUGCCGCAAGAUAACGACAAAGCAAUCGGAUGGCUUAGCACUGCUGUAGAUAAGGGUUAUGAAUUGCCUAAUACCCUAGGAAAACUUGGGGAGUUAUUAGAUCGGAAAGGAACGAUACGACAUCAGCAGAAGGCUUAUGAGAUGUACCACAGGGCAGCGAAACUGGGGUGCAGAAGUUCACAACUCAAUCUUGCAGAAAUGUAUCGGUGUGGAGUUGAAGGAGUCGUGAACGAAGAUCUAAAAGAGGCUUUUAAAUGGUAUAAAAUAGCCGCUGAUGAAAGUGCCAGUGAUCAUGAACUGGGUUCAACAGUGCAAAAAUUAGUGGCUGGGACGAUGAAAAAACUCGGAAACGACUCAAAGCUAAGGUCUCUGAAAUGUCUUUUUAAGUAUUAUCUCAAGGGUGAAUGUCCGGAAGGCCGUCCACAGCCAACUAAAGCAAUUCACUAUUUGACAAGAGCAGCUGAAAUAGGCGAUACUGAGGCUCAACGUAAUUUGGGGCAGAUAUACUUAAGCGGAAGUUGUGAGCAAAUUAAAGACGUUUUAAAAGCAAGGAGAUGGCUCAAGAAAGCUUCUGCAAAUGGUGAUGCUUUGGCAAAACAGGUGGGUCUAAUGAGGAUCUUAUAAAGAAAUACAUCAAUGUUUAAAACCUUUUACAAGUGCUUGUUUUGUGUUACAAAAACAAAAAAAUAUCAUUAAUUCACAUUGUUCUCAAUCAUUGAUCAACAAAAAAAUCAACCUCUAGGGCCUGUGAGGGAGUGAGAGUGCACCCUUCGCACCCCCUUUCCUAUGGGCCUGCAACCUCAGUGCACCUUUUCUGUAAGGUAACCAACCUUAAUGCCGUCACAAAUACAGGUCAGUGACUGUGUGAAUGAGCUCCCAAGUCAUUUCUUGUUGUAGACUUAAAGAAAUUGCUUAAGGUGGCUCGAUACAGUUUUUCAAGGCCAAUACCUCCCGCAAGUUUGAGAAUAAACUAGGUCGCCAUAAACAAAGUUUUGGAAAAAUUGCCACCACAGUUGUAUUAGAUAAAGAUGAAAAUUUGUUAUGAUCAGGAUGGCAAUGACAUCGAAGUUGUCACAGCAACGAAAUGACGCUAUUACCUAUUUUACUUACAGAAGUAUUUCUCGGCACUGGGAACUGUUGUUCCAAAAUCAUUCACGGGAGCUUUUUCCUCCAAGGGCCGCCUGGAUGUUCGUGAAGUUUAAGCGAAAUCUGAGAUAUUUUGGGAUAAAGAUUUUGUGGUUAGAAAUACGGUAAAAAAUGGAUAAUCUUGAUGUUCAGCUGUUAUCUGUAGAAAAUGAUGCGCUUUUGACAUGCAAUUUCACCUCAUAGUAGUUUCAAUCUUUUUAAAAACGUGUGUGAAAGACCGUGGAGAUAGCUCCAGCCGAUUGCUAGAAAGAAGGAUUUGAUUAGUAUGUAUCGAGGCGCUUUUGUUAGCGGUUUUUGAACAUUUUGGUCUACUUUAACAAAUUAGCGAAUAAUUUUUAAACCGCUCGAUAGAUUUUUUAAAAAAAUUAAGAUUCUUGAGAUUAACCUUCCUUUUAUAUGACCUACAAUUCGCCAAUAUUUUGGCAGAAAUUUUGUGUUUACAAAUGUGAGCUUCUCAUUAUUCAGGGUAUUGUCUCCAAGUUUCAUAUUUUCGCGCAUAACAAUAGCUAGCAUUUUUGCAUAUGUCAAAUGCAUUGUUAGUUACUGUUGUUCACGUGAAAAUGAAACUUGGAGACAAUGCAUUGAAUAAUGAGAGGCUUUCACUUGUAGUAAUGAAACGUCCGAUCAAAAGUAACAAAUUCUAGCCCUUAUUUUACUGCCUUACAAUGUAUCAAUAAUCUUGAAACUAAAAGGUCAUAUAAAAGAAAGGUUAUUCUCAAGAAUCUUAAAUUUUAAAAAAAAUCUAUCAAGCGGUUUAAAAAUUAUUUGCUAAUUUGUUAAAGAAGACUAAAAUGUUUACAAAACUGCUAACAAGAGCGCUUCGAUACAUGCUAAUAAAACCCUUCUUUCUAAAAAUCGACUGGAGCUAUCUCCAUGAUCUUUCACACACGUUUUUAAAAAGAUUGAAACUACUAUGAGGUGAAAUUGCAUAUAAAAGUCGCUUCAUUUUCUACAGAUAAAGGCCAAACAACAAUAUUGUCAAUUUUUUACGCUGUUUCUAACCACAAAAACUUCAUCCCAAAAUAUCUCGAUAACGCUCUUACAGAUUUCGCUUAAACUUCACGAACAUCGAGGCCGCUAUUGAAGAAGAAGUUGCCAGUGUUGAGAUAUACUGCUGCAAGUGAAAUAGGUAAUGGCGUCAUUUCGUUGCUAUGACAACUCCGAUGCCGUUGCAACCCUGAUCAUAACAAAUUUUCAUCUUUAUCUUAUACAACUGUUGGCAAUUUUUCCAAAACUUUGUUUAUGGCGACGUAGUUUAUGCUCAAACUUGGGAGGUAUUGGCCCUGAAAAACUGUAUCAAGCCACCUUAACUUUGAUAUGUUGAACAUUUUGGCUUUGGCAAGUAUUUUCAUAGACGAAAGACAUGAUGAAAAUGCUCACAGCCGGAAAUGAACAUCACAUUAAUGUGUAAGGGAGAUGUAUGUGGAAAAACAGUAGUUUCUUGAUGUUGUGGAUUGGUGUAAUCACCAAAUGACCUGUUACAAAAGAUUGAAAGACACGUUCCCACACCACAACUCAUGAACAGUGAACCAACAAUGGUUUUCACAACACAAAGAUACAUGCAGAAAAUGUGUUAAACUUAAGCCCAUAGCCAAAAUAACUCAAAAGACAGCAGUAAUAAUGACUAUGAAAUUUCAUACCUUUAAGCGUUCCCUACCAUUCUUGGGCUGUUAAUUCAAACAUCCUACUUUUAAUACCAUUAAUCAAAAUUAAUUCAACUAGCACUGCCAUAUUAAAUUGCACUCUGUGUAGGCAUCCAUAGUUGAAGACCCUGCUUAAGCCUUGUUGUUGCAUUGUUUCCUUAGACAGGAAACUCGGCUCCACUAUGUUUCUCCUCAUCUGGGUAAAAUAAAGGAUACCCAUGACAUACUGCUGGGGUAACCCUGGAUGAGUUGCAUUUCAUCUAGGGGGAAAUAGCAAAAUUAUGUACUUGUAAUGUAGCAGCUUGUUAGUGUUCUGUAAUAUUAUGGAAUGAUUAUGCUUUCACCAACAAAAACCAUCCCAGUACUUUACUGCUCACAUGCCCAUGGUGUUGAGUAGAGACCAACUUCCCAGGCAUGUUGGCAGUUUUUCCAGCAUAGUAUUACUUAUCUAGCAGUAAUUAUUACUUUGAAACUCUGUGAACAGCAGAACUAUUUAUGAAAUGUUAUGGUGUUGUACUAAGGGAAGAGCCAAUCACAUGUGAGAAAAUUAAACCACAAACAGCAACCAUGGUCAGUUUGGAGGCCUUCCAAGGGGGGUAGCUGUGUCGCAAUGUCGCUUGCUUUAGGAGACCGUUGUCGCCUAAUCUACAGCUGCAAAUGUCGCUGUCGUUUUUUGAAGUGUACAUAACUGUACCAGUAAUUUUUGUUUUGCGAGAAACUGUUUCGCAACAGGGCUAUAACAGGAUUUUCAUGGUGGUCAGUUGGCAAAACUUUGUGAGCGGCGAAGGAUGAACGCUUCUUCUUCUUCUUUAAGGGUAGGCUCCUGCGGGAAAAUUUGGAAAAUCUGAACCCUCAGAAAUGCAAUUUCCUGUAUUCUGAGUCACUUUUAUUGAUAAAAUGCACAACUUUCCAAUGUCACCGUCGUUUUUCACUGUUUAGUAUGUCGCUGUCGCAUUUUAGCAGCGUAGGCAUGUCACUUCUCGCUUUUUAAAAUUUCCCAUGUCGCCAGUUUUCAGGGCCGUGUCGCAUGUCGCUUUUACCCCUUGGAAGGCCUCAGUUUGUAGUUUUCAGAUUUGCUUACAUCCUAAACUUAGGGACCGGUCAUUAUUUAUGUGGGAGGGUGGGGGGAUUUUUUUUGUUUUAGCAUGAAAGAAAAAACGUGACCCACCCCUUUAAGCCCAUUAGUUAAUUCUUGACCAACCCCCACAUAACUUUAUAUAAGAGGUGACCCACCCCCAACCCCCUUCAAUCUAUACCUCUAUGAGGAGUUCCUGUUCACUGAACGAAAUCAGCAUAUCUUGUGGACCAGUGUCCUACUCUGCGGCCACUUCUUGCUGAUGUGCCUUCUUGUAUUGUUACAGUAUGACUGUCAUCAUCUAAUUCACUUUCGCUUUCACUUUCAUCACGCAAAACAAGGUCAUUGUCACUGUCACUCUCAUCACUGUCCUCACCAACACUGAUGCCUGAAGGAAAUGUAGAUUCCUUUGAAGUUUCAUAAUAGUGUACUGUGAUUCGCUUGAUUUUGUCGAUUUUCUUUCCGUUCUUGCUAAGUUUAUUAUGCUCAAUGUAUUUGUCCAACUCGGGGACUUUCAGAAUGUCGAGCUUCCCUUUCUCUGCAAGUGUUUUCCAGUCAUAGCAAUGUACAUCUUUUAAGGCUCGAACUUGCUUUUCUUUUCUUCGCUCUUGCUUACGGAUCUCAUUGACACUUUGCAGUUGCGACAAGUGCUCAAUGUAAUUCCAUAUUGAACAGUUGAAAAUCCUUGCUUUUUAGAUGGUCACAAAAAGGAGCUCAAUAGCUCCAUAUUACAGUCAAACUACCUGAAGUGUGAACACCUAGACAUCAUUAUUGAUUUCAUUCAUUAAUCGAUUAUUGACAAAAUUUGUUUUGCAAUAUUCAAAUCAAAACCAGUUUAAAAAAAUUUGCUUUUUUAUUGAAGUCAUUAAACAAAAAACAAAUAGUAAUUCCAUUAAAAAACGAAUUUUCAAACUGUUUUUGAUUUGAAAAUUGGAAAAAUUUGAUUUCACUAAAUUGAAUAAUGAAUUCAAUAAUCCAUUAUUGAAACCAAUAAUGAUUUCUAGCUGUUCACGCUUCAGGUAGUAAAAGUUCCCAGACAGUUAUAUUAAGAAAAGGAAGCAUGCAAGCCUUCUCAAUAGGGCUUAUGUUUAUUUAUUGAUAUUUAGUGCCCACAUCUUUGAUUCUCCAUACUUAGGUUGGAUUGCUACAUGUGAUAUCCAUUUGUGUUAUAUUUUACGUCCAGCAUUGCAUUAGAAUUUAUUUAGAUCUUCCACGUGAAUUGUAGUGAGUGUGAUUCUUUACAAAGCACACAAUGACCCACCCCAAUCAUCGUGAAAUGCUCUUUUGGCCCACCCCUUUUCUCCAGAAAAAAUAGGCCUGGCCCGCCCAAUGAUUCCCCCCCCCCCCCACCCCCCACAUAAAUAAUGACCGGUCCCUUAACUGUGGUUGGUCACUACACAAUCAGCAUUCCUACACUAUAUCAUCAUCUUACUGUAAAUCCUCAAAUAAGCCCCCCCCCCCUUCCUUUUCAGGGGAAGAAAGUUAAUAAGCCCCCAUCCCCUCCCCCUUAUCAUUCUUCACUAAAGCAUGACUGUAAAACUUUUUUUGGACUGAGUCAGGAUGGUUUUUUCACCAACUAGAAGUUCGGAUUUGAUCCUUGGCUGCAUGACCUCCAAAUUCUUGUACUUGAAUUUUGUUCACUUUGUAUUCUAGCUCCUUAUGGAGAACUAAUACUUUGUCUUUGCUAAAUUAAAUAAGCCCCCCAUCUGUAUUAAGCCCCACACCCCCUACUCAGGUGGGGGGCUUAUUAGAGGAUUUACAGUACAUUCCUCUGUGGCUCCACAUCACAUCAUUUAUUUAUAAACAGUACAACUGCUACUUUCCAGAUUUUUUCUCCUAUAAAUGUUUUUUUCAGUAGCCAUCACAAGUAAAUAACACCAAUAAAAGUGGGGUACCUUUGCUUGUUUAAUUGCAACAAGUGGAUUAAAGGGUAAUUUUGGCUUCAAAUGAUAAUUUUAGGAGAAGGAACUGGGAGGAGUUUCAAGACCAGCAAUUCUUAAAUCAGGAGAAGUUAUUAUUAAUGCAACCAAAACCUUUAGGACUGGGAAGGUGGUCUUUAUUACCUCUCUUCAGGGGGCCAGCAAAAAUUGCCACCACCUGUGAUAAUGCAACGUUAUGGGCAGUAGGUAAAGCGCAGUUCCUGCGAAACAAGGGAAUUACCUUAGAAUGUGAACUUAAUUUUUUUUCAGCUUCUUAGGAAAUGCGAAGAAGUGGAAGAUAAACAGCAUACUGCAUCAGAACCAAAAACAGAGGCCUUGGCUCAGUCACUAGAAAUCAUGGAAGAGAAACUAAGGCAAAGAUCAGAGGCAAAAAAACACCCUUUUGCGAUCACUGAGCCUACUGCAUUUUCAGAGGAAAUGCUCAGUGAGUUUCACUGGUCCCCAACAGCACAGAUUUAUCUUCAUGCUUUCAGACUGGUAAACCAGGGGCUUGAAAUUCUGCUCAAGAGUAACUUUACUGAUGAAAGAGGAAUUACUCUUAUAGCUCGUGGGUGUUUGACUGAAAAUUCUAUUCUACAAGCUUUUCCUUAUAUACAUGUUUCUUUGCCUAAAGUUUUUCACCUUUGUGAGAAAAGCAUGCAAAAUAACCCAAGAUUCUUCGAAGGCCUUGUAGUCAGUUUCGGCUUGCAUUUUUACGAAGUGAAACUUUCAAUCAAGACACAGAACACUGACGAAAAAACGAUGAUGUGCAUAACAAACUUGAUUAAUUUCAUUCAAAAAGCUGAACCUAACAGCCUUCCAGCUGAAGAUGCUUUUAGAUUUGACCAAAGCUACAGUAGCUGGCUUCAUGUCUUAUAUGAACACUUGGCAUCACUUUAUGUUAUUUAUGGUAACUAUGAAGCAGCAGCUGAAUUUUUUGAAAAUUCCCUGAAGUGCUGUCCAACCUAUUUUCCAAGCAAAAGAGGCCUUGGGUACUGUUUAUUGGCUCUGUAUUCUGCUAGAGUUUCCUCUGAAAAGAAAGACUCAGCUGCAGCUUCAGAAAAGUGCAAGCACUUUCAGAGUGAAGAGCAAAUCGCAAAGGAGCGAGAAAUUUCUAAAUACCGAUCCUGGACCACUGAAGAGUUAGGAGAUGCGGCCAGGGAAAGAUUGGAAGAGUUUCUGGCAGAAGCACCCUCUUGUUGGAAAACCUACCCAAAUGUUUGUUAUUACCUUGCCAAGCUUGCUCUUUUGAAGUCUGACAUGAAGGAGUUAAAAAGGUAUUAUGAACGUGGCCAAGAUGCUGAAGAAAAAAGGCUGCCUUUCUUAAGCCGUGUUGAUAUACCUCUCAAGGAUUUACUGUCUCCGAUCUACCAGCUACUUGCUGAUUUACCGGAACGGGCCAGGUGUGGCAACAAAGCUUGCACCAAAAAGGUCAAGGAAACUGAGCUGAAGUCGUGUGCUGGGUGCAGAACCAAAAAAUACUGCAGCAAGUGGGUAGAAAUGUAA